AAAGUACGAGCAGAGCGUUUCUUCUUUGCUUCUCUUGUUGUCCGUUAAAAUAUAAAUAUUGACUCCUUUCACUAGUUUUAAGAUAAAUAUUUAACAUAAAAAUGUUUUCCACGAGUUCCCAAAGGAAGUUUUGGACGUUCAAUGACGAGAACGAGCUUACACAAUUGCGGGAGAAGCACAAUUUGGAGUUCAUCGCAAAGCACGGCGCCCAUGUAGACGAAUAUCAGCGGUACAACGUGUUCCUGUCGCCCGAUGAAGAAAGACUGCUUCUUAGACAGUACGAGUUGCACCUUAAAGAGUUCUGCAAAAGAUUCAGCCCGCCAAUGCCCAAAGGCGUUGUCGGCACUGCAUUCCAAUACUUCAAACGUUUCUAUUUGUACAAUUCCGCGAUGGACUACCACCCUAAAGAAAUCCUGGCCACUUGCGUGUAUUUAUCGUGCAAAGUUGAAGAAUUCAAUGUUUCUAUUGGACAAUUUGUGGCUAAUAUUAAAGGAGACAGAGAUAAAGCAUCGGACAUUAUCUUAAACAAUGAACUGUUAUUGAUGCAGCAGUUAAACUAUCAUUUAACUAUACAUAAUCCGUUCAGACCAGUGGAAGGCUUCUUGAUUGACAUUAAAACGAGAUGCAGCCUUGCUAAUCCAGAACGCCUUCGCAGCGGUAUUGACGAAUUUUUAGAAAAAGUGUUUUUGACUGACGCUUGCUUAUUAUAUGCGCCAUCUCAGAUAGCAUUAGCAGCAGUGCUCCACGCAGCCUCCAAGGAGCAAGAAAACUUGGACAGCUAUGUUACAGACAUGCUUUUCAGAGAUGCUGGUCCAGAUAAGUUGGCUAUCCUUAUUGAGGCGGUACGUAAAAUAAGGUCUAUGGUAAAAAUGGUGGAGAGUCCAGCACGGGAGCGCGUGCGAGUCAUUGACAAGAAGCUGGACAGGUGUCGGAAUGAGGAGAACAAUCCGGACAGCGAGAUAUACAAGAGACGGAUGCGGGAGGCGCUGGAUGAAGAUGAUUUAGUGUACACGGGACACACAAGAAUGUCCCUAGAUACGAGUGGAGUGACACAAGUCCUUUCGCCCUCCGCUUCUUAGAUUAUAGACUAAUUUUAUUUAGGUAUGCUGUUGUAUAAUACAGAACAGAUAUCUUUAAAGGUCUUAAGAGUCCCUGGCAAGUUCGGUCUCCAUACAAACGUAGUUACGCUCUCAUUUUAGAAUGACUAGCUAGUUUGCUCUGAAACUUUGUACUUACAAUAGGAUAAGGUCUGUAAUUAGUUUAAGUAGCAUCAGAUACCAAAGUAAAACAAUACAGCGAAUUUAAGUUUUUCAUACAAAACUUGUUUUAGCUCUAUUUCGUUUAAUACCUGAGCUAUAUAAACUAAUUACAUACAUAGAUAUACCUCAUGUCAUUGUAUGUGCAGUUUCAUUACAAUCCAACACAUAGUUUUAAUAUGAGAAUGAAAGUCCGUUUGUAUGGGAAGGUGAAAUUCGGCCAGGCUUGCCGGGUAAUCUUAAACAAAAUCUAAGUUAUAAAUGACAAAGCAGGUUUAUUUGUCAGCUGUAUGUUGGCUCUGUAAUAUUCAACAACAUAGAAAUAUGUUCAUUCAUGAUGGUCAGCCUGAUUCUUAAGCAUAAUUGUGACGUUCCAUGGGAAAAGGUGCCUUAUGGCUGUCGGCGCUUACAUCAUGUAGCACCACAUAAGUAUUGGAGUGUCAUUAAUAAAAGCGUGAGUACCAACCGCCAUAACGUACCUUUACCCGUGCAACGACAUAAUUAUUUGUAUUGUCUACAUAUAAACAGGUUAAAGCUGUGGGUUAAAGUGAGGUGAACCUACAUGAAUUACUAUAUUUACUGGAGUUAGAUAUAAAUAGAAUUGACUUAUUCUUUUAUAUUUUAUUUUAAGUAUGUAACAUGACAAAAGAAAAAUGAUUUUAUCAAUUAAACACUUAAAACCAAG